CCCGCUAGCCAACCUAGCCCUCAUCGCUCGAAAGGGGGGAAGAAGAAGACGAGAAAACAUCCACAGUCCAGAACAGUCCACCAUAAGAACACAGAAUUUUCCCGCCAAUACAAAAUUCUAAGCUUCUUUUGUGCAAUCUCUAAUCUCUACAUGCAACAGAAACAAGUACCAGGCUUUUUCUAUUUUGCAAUGGGAAGCAAGUAAAUGAAGACGAUAAUGGAAGCUAAAAGGAUAAGAAGAAGUAGUAGUAGAAAGCCGCUAUCAGACUGCACUAAUUCAAUCCAUUCUAUAAAACCAUCUCUUUCUUCAUCAACGUCUACCAAAAACUCCUCUUCUCAUAUCAAAUCCAGUAAGUUCUUACCCGCAAAUUCUGAGACUACCGAACAAAGCGAAACCCAAGCGAAAUCAACAUCUGGAUCCACCGCCACUGGACAAAUUGGCAACCACUCAUUAAAAUCUAGUAACAUUUCUCUUACAGUCGCUUCCACGCCUUCCCGGGAUUCAAAACCUUCUUCUCUUGCUGGUACUGCUAGUCAUGAGGUUUCUGAGCCUUGUUCAGUUUACAGUCGGAGAGAAUCUAUAGAUAAGAGGAAGAGUAAAGGGAAGGCAGUUGCUGUGCCUAUGAGUUGCUUUUCUUCUGUAAAGAAUCAAUUUACUAGGGAUGAAAUGAAUGAAGGUAGAACAACCAGGCUAUCCAAAUCCUGUACAGUGCCUUACAAAAAGUUGUCUUGUAUACUUUCAAGUUUCAACCUCGCCAAUCUCCAUGAUGUUACUGCAGAAAAGACGUCAGACUACCCCCAAGGAAGAUGUUGCAAAUCAUGGCCUGACACAGGAUUUUAUUGAGCAGCAAAGAGCUUACUUCGCUGAAAUUGAUGCCUUUGAUCUUCCUGAGGAGGAAGUUGCUUCAAUUGAUGACUUGGACUGAACGAAUGCGAAACAAAGUAUGCUUCUGGAUCGCAAACUAGGCACCAUAACUCUGAGUUUUUCUCUCUAUAGUUGAUAAUAUUUUAGUUGAUAUAUUCUCGUGUAAUGACCAUUCACCGCCUAACCAAUCAUACAAUGAAGUGCUUGAUCCUGGCUGUUGUAGUCUAAUGUGCAUGGAGAAAUAUUAUUUCUUUUGAGUAGCAAAGAGAGUAUGCUUUCCUCUCUUUAGAUGAUAGACAUUAUACAGUUAUGGAUAAUAAUUUCUUCCAAACACACUAAUGCACUAGUAAAUUUUGAUUCCCACAUUCAUACAUGGAAGAGAAAAGGCUGUAAUACAUCCAAUUGCCAGCCAAUUGAAUUUCAAUUAACUUUUCUGCAAUUUUUUCUUACUUCACCCUGUUUUCCUGUGAGGGGCUUAAUGUUGCUCAUCUUAACCAUAGCUUUAGCAAAGUCUUUGAAAAAAUCAUGAGGAUUACUUGCAUAUCUUCUAACAAGGAAAUCUGCAGAACUGCCAUUGAAGAGUUCUUGAUCUGAAUGAAGAAGACCCUUCCCUUGCAACAGGUGCUUGUAGUACAGAUUAUCAAAACAAGCUGGAGUAUGCCGAUCAAGGGGUGCAAGAACAUUGUCUCUCCCACUUCUUGGGCAAAUCCGCCGCAAUGACUUGGCAAAGGAGGGAUCAAUAUUCGAAUCAUUGUAGAUAUGCCCUCGAAAGGUUGCGCAUCUGGCCAGGCCUAUGGUGUGGGAACCUGCCAUCCAGGUAAGUUGAAAUUUCAGGAUGCAUAUUUUUAAAUAAGCUUGUUGAAAAGAAUCAUGAAAGGCUAACCAGGACUUAACCUGAAAGAGCCACCAAGUUCCUUAAAGAGAGCCCCUGUGCAGAGAAGCUUGUUAUGAGGGCACUUAGAUUAAAAGUAGCUGGAGGUAUAGAACUAUUUGCAAGUGCCCUGCUUGCUGUGAGAGAAUCUCUUCUUCCCAACCUAACCUUCCAAGAAGGACCCCCAAACUGCACAGGCCAAAAAAAAAAAAACACAUCCACCCA